AUGCUACCUAUAACUAUAUCUAAUAGAUAUAAUAGAUAUCAAUCUACAGAAUCUUCAACCUCGGCUGUUGAAUACAAACUUACGCAUCCUCGUAGAAAACCGCCACCUUUGCCUAAUUUUGCUCCACCAAAUUCGUCAGCUAAAGAAGCUGUUAACAAUAUCUUAUAUAAUAAUUCUUUAUCUCCUCCUUCAUCUCCAAAAAAACAUAUUUUAAAUUGUUUUGUACAAAAUGAGCCUGGUGUAUUGAGUAGAGUGAGCGGUAUUUUAGCCGCAAGAGGUUUUAAUAUUGAUUCAUUAGUUGUAGCCAAAACAGAAGUAGCUGACUUAAGUAGAAUGACAAUCGUUUUGCGAGAAAAAGAUGAUGUAAUCGAGCAGGCCAGAAGGCAAUUAGCUGAUUUGGUUCCAGUAUGGGCUGUUAUUGAUUAUACUAAUAAGUCGAUUGUUCAACGGGAAUUGUUAUUGGUUAAAGUAUCAUUUUUAGGACCCGAACAUUUACAUGAACAAUUAAUUAGACGUGAAGAAAAUGAUGAAGAAUUUAAUCCUGAGGCAAAUUUAGAAGCGGAGAUUCCUGAUGUUGAUCCUCCUAUCGUGGACGAUCAAACAAUACUAUCUCCAUCUGCAAUAUUAAGACGAAAAUUCGCUCAUUUACGCGCAUUAACUGAUUUAUCAAAACUUUUUGGAGCUCAUUUACUAGACGUUGCAAAUGAUAGUGUUGUAAUUGAAUUGGCCGCAAAACCUACUAGACUUGAUGCAUUUAUUAAAUUGAUUAAACCUUUUGGUAUCUUGGAAUUAGCAAGAAGCGGCACGAUGGCACUUCCGCGAACUCCACUUGAUCUAGAAAAGGAAGUAGUAGAGGAAGAUAGUGAAGACAACGGUGUGGACCUAACUAUGUUGCCUCCUGGCUAG